GGUCAAGCCGCGACAACGCCUACAACGCUCGCGAAUGCUGCGAGCGAGCGAGCCAAAACACUCCGCGGAUUACUGUCCUCCAAGUGGGACACGGCACCACUCGUCCCUCCCAAGUGCUGCUGCUGCUUGACACGGUCUCAGUGAGACACUCGUUUAAGGCCGAGUAGACCUAGGAGAGGUAGCUAGCUUUACGUAUCUAUGGGUUAAAGGUUUAGGAGCCGGGGAUUAACAAGAAAUCCCCCCCGCCCCCCGUAUAGCCUGCACAGGCUGUUGGGGCAAGUGCUGUUAGCGAGCAGCUAUUAAGGCCGGGUCAACACCACGCCUGGCCGCCUUUGUCUCCCCAGCUCUGAUGUUUACUUACACCCAGCGGCAUGUGCACUCAAUCCAGGGCUGAGUCGACCUAGGAGGAGGGACGUGAUGCGUAUCGCUCGCCGCUGGCGUUAACUGUGGCUGGGAAUCGAACUCGGCUUUUGGGGGGGGGGGGGGAUUGUGUAACGUAGCGCUCUAAGGACCGCGCCACCGCUCUCCAUACAACACAGAAGAACACGCGACACACAAACACCUGGGCGACACACACACCUGGGCAACACGCGCGCGCGCCCUUGCGGGGGUGAUCACUGCGUGGUUGGUGGUGGUGGCGUUGGUGUCAUCGUCGAGUUACAAGAAGCAGCCACAAUCGCGGGUUCCUCCUCUUCGCUGCCUGCGUUCGCCUUCCUCGACACAGCGAGCUCGGCAACACGGAGGGAGGGACAACCUCGCUCUGUACAGCGAGAUCACCUGGACUGCGUGUGUCCACACACACACACCACAGGUGGCGGGCGGUUGACCGUGACGGCAGUGGCGUUGGUGGUGGUGGUUGUGGUGGUGGCCGUCGCGAUCCAAGCUGUUUCUCCACACCUCUUUGGGCACCAUGCUGUGCGAGGAGUUCAUCCGAGCCAAGGCAGCAGCGAUGGCCCCCUCUCGGCAGUUCAAGCUCGGGAAGAAGCCUCGAGGAAGAGGGGGAGGAGGUGACGACAAGGCCACGCUUGGAGGCGUCACGAGGCGAGACCGCAGCCUCAGCUGGGAGGACCUGACGCCGCUGUUUCCUCCGCCGUCGCCGUCAUCGCCGCCGCCGCCGCAGCAGCAGCAGCGGCGGCGCGAACCGGGACGCGGCACGGGCAUGAACAUCUGGCGGCGGCCGCUGGGGUCGCGCAGCAGUACGCCGGCGAGCAGGCCCGGCGUCGCGUGGCAUCGCGCGCCACAGCCGACCGCGGGCGACGAGUCCACGACCGGAAUGGCGAAGAGGCGCUCGCCCAAGCACGGAUCGCGGGAGUACGCUGGCCCCGGCAAGUCGAGCUCCCCCUCCAUCGUCAUCCCCCACCAAAGGCUGGACGCCGCUAGCGUUGGCGGCGCGGCCGCUCGUUGCGUCUCGCCCACGAGCUUCAGCCUCCGCUACGACGACAUCCACGUGGGCAGCGUGGAGCCGGCCAGGCCGACUGCGCCACCGCCGACGACCGCGGAGGCCACCCGCGACAAGGCGGGCUCCCGGCACGACGCGGGCACCCGGCCUAAGUCGUUCCACGGCGGCAAGGAUGUGCCGGGAGAUUCUCUGUUGCUCAUGACCCACUCUGGGUCCAACAGCGCCGUUCAUUCCGAGUCGCUGCUCAACAACUACCUCCGAAAAAAGAUGGAGGAGAUUGAGCACGCCAUGCUGCUCUCCCCUGGCCGCUCUCCCCAGAGCCUCAUAGCUCGACUCCAGCACCUCUCCCUGUACAACACCGAGCAGCCCAGCCUGGUGGCGACGGGGUUGGAGAGCCACGGGCGGAUGGGCGAGGAGGUCUCCUCGAGCGUGCUGAGCACCCCGGUGCUGCAGAUCUCGGAGGAGAACUCGCAGGACCGGGUGGCGAAGCUCCACGGCGCGCGGUUCGCGCUGCCGCUCUGCGCCAGGGAGGGAGCCCUGCGAUCGGCGGCGCCGUCACCGCUGCCGCCGGCGUUGUCCGUCUGCACCGAUGGAUGCAAGGAUUCUCACUGCAGCAUUGAGGAGGACCCGAUGGAAGAUUUCCCCUUAUUAUUGUCGCUCACAGAAAGCCAGAGGCUCAAGUCCGACAGCAUCAGCAAGAUGCUGCAGCGCAGCAUCUCGAUGCCGAGCCUCCCCGCGCUGGCCGCGGGCCCCGCGGGCUCCGCUUCCACGCUGGAGCUGUAUGACCAGCCCACGCUCGCCAUGCUGCAGCGCUGCCGCUCCGCCACCGAGUACCUGCAGCAGUUCACCUCGUGGGACCGCGACGCCGCCGCCGCCAUCAACGCCAACGGCGACUCCCGCGGCGACGGGGAUGGAGCGCCGUGCCAGAGCGGCGGCCCGGGCGGGCACUUCUCCACGUUCAGCGGCGAGCUCGGCUCGCAAGACCUCCGGAUCUCGUACGGCUGUGACGGCGGUGCCGUGACGGCACCCACCGGUGGCAGCCGGGCUGCGCCGGCCGACACAUCGUCCGGAGGGUCAGGGUUGGCGGAAGGAUUGGAAGGAGUUACGGCUCGAGCGCCGUGA